AUGUCCCUAGGUAGUCAAACUGCUUUGCACGUUGCUUGUCGAUCUGGCAAUCCAGAACUCGUCGCCUCUUUAAUCGAGGCCGGUGCUAGUGUGCAUGCAGUCGCUAAAGACACAUAUACCCCUUUGCAUAUCGCAGCUAAAGAAGGCGUUUCUUCUCACACGACUGGAUCAACCGAGAUCCAUGGCUAUCAAGGAGGUCAGACUCCAGGUCACAUAGAAGUUGUGCAACUGCUUCUUUGUGCUGGUGCUAACACGGAGAUGAAAACCAAAUAUGGAUUUCAGUUUAAAAGUUUCCGCCACCCUGGGUAG